AUGGGCAUCCCAGAAUUCCAAACCAACGGCUCAGGUACACCCCCCGGAAACGGGAGCUCACUCACACCCUCCAUCUCCAGCCAGUCCAAAUCAGUAGAGGCAGGCCAGAGCAGCCAGAAUCGAAACAUGGCCACCAUUGCAGACGACGACGACGACCGCCUCCUUGUGCGCAUUGGAUACGCUCCUGUCCUCCAAAGACACUUCUCAAGAUGGUCGACAGUCUCGUAUGCCAUUUCGAUUCUCGGAGUGCUGGGCUCAGUUCCCGCCACCUUUGGCGCCCCAAUGACUUCUGGAGGCCCAGCAACUGCAGUUUGGGCUUGGUUCAUUGGCAGCAUCAUGGCAUACUGUAUAGCCAGCUCAGUGGCGGAAUUAGUCUCAGCAUAUCCAACAGCGGGAGGAAUGUACUAUGUGACAAAACACGUAGUACCGCCCGAACACGUGGCCGCCUGGUCCUGGAUCAUCGGAUGGUGCAACUUUCUUGGUCAAGCCGCUGGGGUUGCCAGUUUGGCAUACACCAUCUCACAGAUGAUAUUGGCGACGGCUGUCAUGCAUACGCUAGACACUGAGGGGCCAGUCUUUGAACCGAAAGCCUACCAGACGGUUCUCCUCGCCAUCUUUGUGCUCUGCAUGUUUGGCGCAAUCUGCUCUUUCCCCACCAAUUGGUUGCACCGCAUUAUUCUGUGGUUCGCCCCGAUCAACAUCAUUGCAUCCAUCUGCAUCUGCAUUGCUCUCCUCAUUCUCACGCCCAACAAGCAAAGCGCAAAAUGGGUCUUUACUACCGUCAUGGACGGUUCUGGCUGGGGCAGCAAAGGCUUUUCUUUUCUGCUAGGAUUCCUUUCCGUCGCAUGGACCAUGACCGACUACGAUGGCACCACACACAUGUCGGAGGAAACGCACGAUGCCGCGAUCCGAGGCCCAGUGGCGAUUCGAGCUGCCAUUCUGGUGUCUGGAGUCGUUGGCUGGAUGCUAACGGUGACGUUUUGCUUUUGCAUGUCAGACUACGACGCCAUCAUGUCCACACCGACCGGUCUUCCCGUUGCGCAGAUCUUUUUCAACGCUGGCGGCAAAACCGGUGGGACCAUCAUGUGGUUUUUUGUAAUGCUGGUGCAGUUCUUCACCGGCUGCUCUGCCAUGCUGGCUAAUGCGCGAAUGGCCUGGGCCUUUGCCCGCGAUGCAGCCUUUCCUUUCUCGGAUUUCUGGAGCAAGGUCAACAAACGUACCCACACGCCCGUCAACGCCGUAUGGCUCGUCGUCGUCUUCUGCACCUGCCUCGACCUGAUCGGUAUCGGCAGCACUCUAACCAUUACGGCCAUUUUCAACAUCACCGCGCCCGCCCUCGACAUUAGCUACAUUGCUGUUAUUAUUGCACACCGCUGGUACGAAGGCAGCGUCAUGUUCCAUCCGGGCCCUUACUCAAUGGGCCGAUGGAGCAAGCCUGUCAACGCUAUUGCCGUCACAUGGGUCAUUUUCAUCAGUGUCGUCCUCUUCUUCCCGACCAGCCGUCCCGUCCACCCAGGCAACAUGAACUACGCCAUUUGCGUCGCCGCCUUUAUCGGCUUAUUCAGUACCAUUUGGUGGUAUGCUGGCGCGCGGAAAAAAUACACGGGCCCACGGACCAGCGAUACCAUUGAUCUGCUUCCGCCAGAGGAUCCUGAGGAGAUUAUCCACGACUACGACAGUCCUUGA